CCCCUUCGUGUGUUUGUGUCUCUGCAGCAGCCGGCGGCAGAAGCACAUUGCAUGAGUUUUAAACGGGAACAAGGCUCCGCCCUGACUAGCUUCCCAUUUUGAGAGUAUUCCCCCAUUCUGCCUUUCACCAACGUCCUUUUCUUUUUACAUCAUAUAUUCCACCUGCUUUCCCUUUUCUUACUCCAUUUCUCUUUUUUCAUCCUUUAAACGUGCACCAACUCUGGCCAUCCAAACUUACUAUUCGAAAAUGUACUGAAGUUCCCUCUGAAAUAUGGCCGACAGUGGAGACGGCGAAUCGCCAUCGAGAAGAAACUCCAGUGGAAAAAGAUUUGUGAGACGAGCCAGAAGAUGGGCUGAGCUGCUACAAAAACGACAAGGACGUCGAAAUUGUGAGGAGAGCGAAAAUCUAUCAGCUCCGAUAGAUGCAAAUUUUCAACAAGCUCAUAAACAUACAGCAUUCAAUAAUCCAUCGUCGCAUAAUCGAAAUGGAAUCAAGGAUCAGAAGUAUAGACCACCAGAGCCACCGCAUGUUUAUGAUUAUGUUGAAAUGGCUGCUUUAGGAAGUGGUGUGAUGGUUGUAGAUGAUGAUCUUAAUUAUGAAUUUCUGACACAUGAUGAAUCCCGUCAAAAACAACAUUUGGGACACACUCGAAGCUUCCCAAUUACUAUACUUCAAUCAAGAAAACAUGAGAUUUCAUCUGGAUUAUCACCAGCUUACGGAUACAAUACUCAUCAAACUUGCCAACGAACCAUAUCGGAUGCAUACCAUUAUCAGGCUUAUCAUCAACCAUCAUAUUCCAAUCACCACACUUCUUGGUACGAGUAUCAACAACCGUCAAAUGCAUCAUUUAUGAAACCGGUAGACAGUGCUCUCACACUGAUAACCAAUGAUCUCUCUAUGGCAAGUAUCUCGGAAGCAUCUACAACAUCGCCGAGUUCGAUCUCGAAUAAUUCUGAAGAAGAUGUUUCACCACACUUUUUGAAAAUGUCUUCUUCAUUUCCAAAAUCUUCAAGCUUCCCCUAUCGAACAAUGUCUGAGUCCCAAUGUUUUCCAUUCAAUUUUCAUGUUAACACUCAUCCUCCACCGGAACGAAACUGGGUAAUGAUCCGACAUGCAGAUCCGGAACGACCAAUUGCCACAUUCACCGUUCUCUGCUACAAUGUGCUGUGUGACAAGUACGCUACGGUCAAUCAAUAUUCGUACUGUCCUUCCUGGGCUCUCAACUGGGAAUACCGAAAAGGGCUCAUCAUAAAAGAGAUCCGAACCUACGAAGCAGAUGUGAUCACGCUGCAAGAAGUUGAAACGGAACAAUUCCGAACACUUUUCCAACCUGAACUCAAGCAACUUGGUUAUGCUGGCAUCUUUGAAGCCAAAUCGCGUGCCAAGACAAUGGGAGAAGAGGAACGAAAGUAUGUGGAUGGAUGUGCAAUCUUUUGGAAAGUUGACAAGUUUGAUAUGGACAAGCAAUAUCUGUUUGAAUUUUCAAGUGUGGCGAUGAAGAAGGCGUCUACGAGUGAGAAUAUGCUCAAUCGUGUCAUGCCAAGAGAUAAUAUUGGAUUGUGCGCUGUGCUGAAGAUCAAGGAAAGCGUUUACGCUAACAAAUUCCUGGGACGGAUGCAAAUUCCAAUGAAUGACAACGUGGUCGGAAAUCCUCUUGUCGUCGCGACCGCUCAUAUUCAUUGGGAUCCUGAAUUCUGUGAUGUCAAAUUGGUACAAUCAAUGAUGCUUACUCAUGAAGUAUCAAGAGUACUCGAAGAAGUAUCAAAGAAAUAUCAGAUCACGCAACAACAAGUUCCAGUUCUCAUAUGUGGUGAUUUCAAUUCCCUUCCGGAUUCUGGUGUCUUUGAAUAUCUUUCCAAAGGACAAAUAACACGUCGUCAUAUGGAUUUGAAGUCGUUCCGUGAUGAUUCUUGUCUUGAAAAGUUCACCAACUCGACGGACAAGAAUGUGAUCAGUCAUCCCUUGAGGCUUGACUCGGCUUGUGACAUUAAUUCGAUACCAUUCACAAACUACACAUUAGAUUUCAAAGGAAUGAUUGAUUACAUUUUCGCAACACCACAGUCACUCGCGAGACUUGGAAUACUUGGACCAUUUGACCCACAGUGGGUUCAGUCGAAUAAGAUUCUUGGAUUCCCUCAUCCACAUGUAGCAUCUGAUCAUAUUCCAAUUAUGGCUCAAUAUGCAAUCAUACCAACAACACAUCAACGACAGCAACCACUUCAACAGGCUGGUCCUGCAGCUGGUGUAAUUGGAGGAGGAUUUCCAUCAACACCUUCAGGAGCCCAACCAUUCCUGAGGUGCUGACCCCAUCAUCAUCUGCAAUGUUCUUCAAUUCGUGUACAACUGGCUCUCCCUCUCUUCCCUCACCAUUCUGUCUCAUACCUCAAUUUGUGUGCUCUUGUAUCUGCCCCACUCUCUCCCUCUCUUCAUAUAAAAAACUUACGUAGAGUCCUUCGUAAUUACGAUUGAUAACUCGUUUGAAUUGUGAUAUAUUUGAAUUAUGUUCCAUCGCCGCGCAUUUUCAUACUUUUCUUUUGUUCCUACGAGUUCUCCCUCUUCCCUCGAUCCGACCCUUUUAUUUCCCUCACUUCAUUUCUUAUCUGUUAGUUUUUCUUUUUCUCCUUUUGAUCAGUUUUAUUGAGUAUAUUUUGGUAGCCCCUGGGGUGUUCGAUUCUUUUUAUUCCACUCAAAACAUUUUCAUAUUUUUUCCGUUUUUUCGAUUGUCUUCGAUUUCUUCAUGGAAGAGUCUAUUUUUCCAUUCUAUUCCAUUUAGUCCCCCUCUCGUCUCUUUUUCUUCUCUUUGUAGUAGAUCCCCUCUGUUUCGUGACUCGUAUACUGAGGGUUUCACGGCGAAAUGGUCUCGCAACGAUCGGUUACGGUGUAGGUGUGCAGUGUGAGAGGAGGGAGAGAGUGUACGAGAACGUGAGGCGCAGAUUACUUUCAGUUUGAAAAAAAUAAUGAAAUCUCGUUAUUUGUGCAAUUCGAUCUAGCUUUUUGCUCCCGACACGCUUCUUUUCAUUCAUGAAAUGUGUUCGAAAAGAAAUGUCGGAAGCGAUCAGAUCGAACAUGCAAGAUUACUGAGAUUGAAUUUUUUGUAUCGAAUUUUUAAAAAAACUCGAUGAGUUUUCCAGAAGCCGGAGGUAUACGAGAUGCGCGCGAUGCUCGCUGGUCGAGUUUCUCUACCUGACCUCUCCUCUCGUUGUGUGCUAUUUCACCGUCUAUAUUCCAAUAACUACCUACAAUAAUACCUUAUUUCCGUUUCUGGUCCUAUGUAUAGUUAAAGACUUACUUUUUGGCAUUCUUCACCCUCUGCUUCCUUCUCUCUCUCUCACAAACUCUCCCACACUCUCGUCCAAGUUGCGUGUUUCUGCUUUGAAUUCUUUGUUAUCGGUCUCGGAUAUAACGUUUCUCCUAUUGUAUUCAUCAUCUUAAUUUUUAAAACUAUUAGUUAAACAAAAAUAAGAACAAUAUUUCAAAAAUCAACUUUCCCCUUUUGUCUCAUCGAAUGAAACAUUUUUUUCGUCAUGUAA